GUUCAGCGCAGUCCCAUGGGAUGAAAGACUGCAUCCGAACCUUGCAUGACCCAGGGGUAUGGAACGUCGUGUGCAGCACCAACACCAACACCAACUCUUUGUUCACAUGCAUUUUUUUAUUUCUACCUCUUGGGGUGUGCUCCAUAGGCAAUGACUACUGUCCAUAUGACUGGUAGGGAGGAAACCACAAGCUCAACAAUGGAAGGCAGGAUGGAAAGUUCGCGGGGGAAUGGCAUUGUGGCUGUGUCGCAUGGCUUUUUCUGCUGCAAGAAUGGUGGCAGACGUGUGGGUUUCGAAGGGUUGUGAGACUUGUCAGGAGGAGGGAGAAAAGCUGAGACAGGACGGAAGAGAGGUGGUGAGUGGCUGCUGGCAAUUCUCCGAGAAAGCAGUCCAAGGGAGAAUUCUCGAAGCAGGAGGCGUGAGGAGGUUAACGUUAGUGGCCGCGCGCGUCGAGGCGAGAACAUUUGCCAGCGUGUGUGUGUUGGUUUCAGUGUUUCACCAGUCAGAAGUCUUGCCAAAUAUGGUGUUGGAUGAUAGACGAGCCUACCAGAGUAGCAUUUUUUACGCGAAUGUCGGACCCCCCUGAAGCGCGUCUCAGUGUCUCGACCGAUGGGCCAACGUGUGGCCAACCAAUGUCAUCAGAGCCUGGAUGUGUGUCAGAGCGCGUUGGGCGGCUGUCUCGACU